AGGAGGCCUCGUUGGGGAUGUAGAUGGCGAGGAGGAAGGAGAGGAGGGGGCCUCGCGCCUGCCUGACGGAAGAAGUUCAGGGUUUGAUUGCAACGUGCCCUUGUUGAGGCGGCGAUUGCCAAUGCUGCUAUGAAGAUGGGGUGGCCAGGCUCGGGUGGUCACCUCGCUCUUGCGUCGUGUAUCUCUUCUAUCGCUGCUCUCAGAUUCUCUUCACAUCGAUUUCUGACAACUCCUCUCGUUGAGCAAAAUGCUCGCAGUUCGCAGUCGCAGUCGCAGCUUUGUUGCGCGCGCGAACAGCCACCCGAGGUGCUCGGGCAGUGACCCCGUUCGCACGGUCUCAGCAACCUCUCCCCAAAUGGCACGCUCCUCCACCCUUCGCGCUCCAUUCAUCAUUUUCGGCCAGACUAUGUCCGCUCUCACUCCACGCCCUCGGAGUAACUUGGUGGAAAAGGCGAAGGACCGCAGCAAAUUUAAUGCAGAAUUCGACGCGAGCCGAACCGAAUUAAAAUCGCAGCUGAACCGGGCGUCUGAGAGAUAUUGCCGCCGGCGCGAGAUUGCGGAAGCAGAUGCUAUGGCAGCGGCUGAUCAGCGCCCCGAACAAAGUCAUCGUUCGCUUUGGCAUGCUAUGCUCCGCUCACGAUUAUCGUGCACCAGUGCGCUCGCCUGCAUUGCAGAGGGGCGCACGAUGGUCCGUUUCCGCGAGGAUUUUACAGGCAAAGACUCGUGUUCAUCCAGGAACCGAUAUCUCACUUCGAUCACUCGGACAUUAUUGGACACUCGCUGCAGUCUCGUGUAAUCAUAGAACCACACUUGCUCUGAGGACCGCAACACCUUUCUCACUUACCUAUUGAUGAAGACGUCUUGGCUACCAUCGACCACAACCCGCAUUUUGCAACACAUGGUAUGCUACUUGAACAUUCGCGGCAGUCGGCCUCCACGGGCCCCGGUGAUUGUCCAACGUAACCGAGCACC